AUGUAUACUCCAGUUUUGUUUAUUAUUCCUAUUAUCAUUUUUAAUUUGGACUCAUUUUUCAUUCUUUAUUAUAAUACAUUCAACAAAAGAAGACGAAAGAUCGUUUGGUCAUCUGAACUUAUCAAUGAUGAAAUCGAUGAAUUAACAAAUGAAAGAAAAACAAAAAUAACGAGAUCAAACGAAAUGAGAUCUCGUCUGCCCUUCAUCGCCUUUGGUGACGUCAUCGAACGCCUACACGGACAAUGA